GGGGCGGGGCCGGCGGCUCGCGCAGGUCCGGUCCUCGCGGCGGCGCGGCGCGGCGCGGCGCGACGAAGAUGGCGGCCUCCGGCUGGGCCCGUGCCGCCGUGGUCCUUCUCUGUGCCUCUGAACUGCUGCUGCUCCUGCUGCUGCCGCUGAGGGCCUUCGCCGCUGAGGGCUCAGCCGAGACGCCCGGCGAGGCCACCCCACCUCUCCGGAAGAAGAAGAAGGAUAUUCGCGACUACAAUGACGCGGACAUGGCUCGUCUUUUGGAACAGUGGGAGAAAGAUGACGACAUAGAAGAAGGAGAUCUCCCAGAGCACAAAAGACCCUCUGCACCUAUAGACUUCUCACAGAUAGACCCGGGCAAGCCUGAGAGCAUACUGAAGAUGACAAAGAAGGGCAAGACUCUCAUGAUGUUCGUCACUGUAUCAGGAAGCCCCACGGAGAAGGAGACGGAGGAAAUCACGAGCCUCUGGCAGGGCAGUCUUUUCAACGCCAACUACGACGUCCAGAGGUUCAUCGUGGGGUCAGACCGUGCCAUCUUCAUGCUGCGUGACGGCAGCUACGCCUGGGAGAUCAAGGACUUCUUGGUCAGUCAAGACAGGUGUGCCGAUGUAACUCUGGAGGGACAGGUGUACCCUGGCAAAGGAAGAGGAAGCAAAGAGAAAAAUAAAACCAAGCAAGAGAAAGGCAAAAAGAAGGAGGGGGGAGAGCCGAAACCUCAGGCUUCGAAGGAAGGCAAUCGAGCUGGGAGUAAAAGAGAAGAGCUGUAGCGGGGCAGCUGCGGGUUCUGCAGUGGAGCGCGGGGAGCUCAGCCAGGGCGCGUGGGCCGGGGGUGGGCGUGGGAAACCACACAGCCAUGAGUUCUCUGCUGGCAAAGGUCUGCCAUGUGACCAGUUUCUGGUCAGUGUAAGAAUUACUGUUUAAAAGACUUCAAGUCAGAAGACAGAGGUUUUGUAAUUAACAUGGGACACUGACAAAUUCAUGAUUACUAUAAAAUCACUUUAAAUGGAAAGCUGGCGGUGUUGCUUUUCCCCAUAAAUGUGGGGAGUCUCUGGCCGGACUGUGGCACCGCUCCCUUCGCUGCACCUGCUCUUAUCCGGCAGCCUGCUGUAUCCAUGCUUUUUAUUUCUGUUAACUGAAAGGAUACCAGGUUCUCAUCAGACCAACUUAAGACUCCUGACUAAAUUGAAUCAGGCUCUCCAUGCCACAGACAUCACUUCAUUACUGUGAGAUUAGAAACGCUCCACAGGAGCACUGCACGUAUCUAAAUAUACAAUCAGGACACCAGGAUGCGUAAAUCCCAAAUCUGUGCAGAAAAUGCAGAGAACAGAAAAUAAUGCAACUUGGGAAUCCUAAGUAUUCGCUUUGAGUUUCUUGGACUUGAAUUCCUCUUGUCAGUUAUAGAGAACUCUUGGUAUCUGUCAGGUUUUAUGUAGUCUGUAAGUCCAGGGGUUCUGUCAGAAUAGAACUUUAUUUAGGAAAGAGUAAUGCUGGUGUUGAGAGUUGUGUGUUCCAUUUCAUGUGAUGAUUUUCAAGGGUGUAAAUCGGGCAUGAGCAGAGUUCUUUGCAGAGCGUAGCAGAAGACUCAAUAACCUCAUUCACUUCUAAACAUUUUUCUUUGAUAAAGUGCCUAAAAUUGUGGUGUUUUUGUAUGGUACUAAUAUGAUGUGCUACCUGUUACUGUCUGAUGUUGCUGUCAUACGUCAGAGCCUACUCUAAGAGUUACGGAAUUUAUACACAGGUGUCAUUUUUAAGAACUAAAAUCAUUUGUUCAAAAAGGCUUCCAUUGUGAUUUUAACAAAUUAAAAACAGCAUGCACACGGUUAGAAAACUUCAUCGUUAAAGAAUGGUACAAAGCAAAAAGCCUUGGCCUCCCCUGCUACCACUGCCUUGUCCCAGUGGAAGCUACUGUUAAUUUGUUUUCAAAAAAAAAAGAAAGGUACACUUACUGGUUUACAGUGAUAUGUAUUUGUUUUGGCCUUACAGCCUCUAUUUCCCCUUCUUUUGGUAACUAUUCAGAUCUCCCCACAGUGAUCCACACCCUCUUUGUUUUCUGUUCUGUGCUGUAGGGGAUGUUUGCCCUGCAGGCCCCCCCCUCCAGGGAGGAAUUAAUCCCAGGGUGAGUUUGCUUGAGCCACAUCAGGAAGAGGUGUUCUGUGUUUCUCAUACAAUCUGAACCCAGGGAAGUGAGGCUGGAGCUGCUGCCACCCUCUUGCCCCCUCCAGGGGAGGGCUGUCUGAGGAUGCAGUGGGGAGAAGCAGGGAGAGAGCCGAGUCCUGGUGGUAUCGCCUAAGCCCCUGCAUCCGGCCUCGUCUGAAACCAGUCCUGUCCCUGGGUUUUUUCAGUUUUUACUUGAGCGAUUUGUUGGGUUUCUGUCAUCUGUCGUUGCGCUGGCCUCGUAUACAGGGCAGCCGUCCUGACUGGAUGCUUGUCUUCAUUAAACAGAAGGGCGCACACUCUCCACCCUGCCCAGGACCUUGUGUUUCCACUUAGCUGGCUUUCCGUGUCACAGUGUACACGUCUGUCUCAUUGCUUCCUAUGGGAUAUGCGGCCACAUCAGCCUGUAUUGACUAAGCUUCUGUUACAUUCUGGGCACCACUAGAUGCCAGCAACAGUGUGGAUACAGCCCCUGCCAUCGUGAAACAGUGAUUUGGUGGGGAAAGACAAAUACUAAUCCUAUACAAAGUGAAAUGGCAAUCGUUGAAAUAGGUAAGAAGUACAGUGCCAAGAAGUGGAGGAAUCUUGGGAUAGUCAGAGGGGACCUCUCUGAGGCAGGAGGAGGGAGUAACCUAGGCAGAGGAAACAGUCCAUGCAAAGGCCCUGUGGUUAGACGGAACAGAGGAGGGACAGCGGGAAGGCCAAUGAAGAGGCUGGGGCACAGCACAGGACCAGGCUGGACAGGUGAGUUAUGGAGGUUUUAUGGGGGUCGAGAGCUUAUACAAGUCUCUGGGAUCUCUUAAAGAAACAGUACACCUUUAUGAAUAAGAAUUAUGAAAGUGAAGAUUUAUUUGGAAGAUUCCUAUGUAAGAGGGGCCCAUUCACUUAGAAAAUCCACCUCUGCAAGCCAGCUGUUAAGGUACAGAACUACCUUACCAGGCGACAAAGCUAAUGCCUGCUGUCCUGACUCCUGUCUCCCUGGCUGUCCUCCCCCCCAUUCCCCCGGGAAGCCCUAGACCUUAUACGUUCCAGUAAUGAGGAUGAAAGCUGGAACUGUAGCAUCUGUGUGGGGUGCACAGGGUCUGGUAGAGAUUCUGGAGGACUGAAGGAUUUUAGCUGUGGGGUGGAUUCAAGUGGUAAUCUGAUUUGCACUGGCUACACCAGAGAAUUGAUUGGAAGUGGGCAGUGGUUGGUGUGAGGGGCAAGUUGGGAGGGUCUUUCAGUAGUUCAGGCCUUGCUUGAAGGUGGCGCAGGAUGAGCUGGGUGGUGGUGAGGUCUGACCCACAGUUCCCCUGCACAGUCCCUGCUGAUGCACGUUGAGUUUUCAGGGUCUCACUAGUAGGUACAGUGCUGCACUGGACAUUUUAACAGAUAUUACCAACUAUUUUGGUAAACUUGUGUUUAUAUCUGAGGGGCAGAUUCCUAGCAGUGGAAUUGGUAGAAGAAGCAAAUUUUAACCUUCCCAUGUAGACUGCCAAAUGACCCUCCAAUGUGGUUUUGUUAACUUAGCUUUGCUAACAGUAGACCUCAAAUCCUGGCCAGCACUGGGCAUUACACUUGCCAAUUUAAUAGACGUGAAAACCACAUCUUCAUUGGCUACCCUGAAGCAACCCUAGUGGAGAGGCCACAUAUAGGAGCCACACAGAGAGAGAGAUGCUCAGAGAACCCCACCUGUACCAGCCCCAGCUAGGAGUCAUCCCAGCCCAGGCACAGACAGGUGAGCAAGUGAGCCUUCAAAUGCUUCCAGCCUUCAAGACGUCCCAGCCAUGCAGGAAGCAGAAAAGCCACGCCCAAUCUGCAGAUUCGUGAACAAGAGAAAUGUCAUGUUUAAGGGAGGGGCGGGGGGUGUAUAAUACAUAUACACAUGCACAUAUAUAAAUUCAUUCUUUUUAAAUUUUUUUAUUUUUUUGUCCGCGCUGCGCGGCAUGUGGAAUCUUAGUUCCCCGACCAGGGAUCGAACCCCUGCCCCCUGCACUGGGAGCGUGAAGUCUUAACCACUGGACCACCAGGGUUUUUACUUUUUCAUGUUUGUUUUCAUGCCUCUUGAUUUAAUACAUUCACAUGACAUCUUUGACUGUAAACUAUGAAACAUGAGAACUUAAUAAUUAGACAUCCUUCCACCCCCCUAGUUUUUGAUACUUUAGGUUGUGGUUUUUAGUACUUGUUUCCUUUAUAAUGUUAAACCUCUUUUUCUUUUUAUUUAUUUUUCUUUUUGCGGUAUGCGGGCCUCUCACCGUUGUGGCUUCUCCCAUCGCGGAGCACAGGCUCCAGACGCGCAGGCUCAGCGGCCAUGGCUCACGGGCCCAGCCGCUCCGCAGCAUGUGGGAUCUUCCCGGACCGGGGCACGAACCCGUGUCCCCUGCAGCUGCAGGCGGACUCUCAACCACUGCGCCACCAGGGAAGCCCCCUCUUUUUAAAUUAAACCAACUUAGUAUGUAUUAAUCCCUCAUCAAGGUGGAGGAAUUCUCAAAAUUCCUUCCAUCUCCUGAUUCUUCUUUAAGAGUGUUACUUGUACACUGACAGGUUGUGUAACACAUCCAUUGCUCCAUUGGAGCGGUCUAGGCCAGUCUUAUCUUUCCUCUUAGAAGCGACUGCUUUUUCGAUCAGAUCCUGGGGAUCCUGCCUCAUUCCUAUCAUUCAGUACUUUUGCUAAAAAGAUUUUUCAAAAUCUUUUGUUAUUCUCGUAGAAUAUGGUGUGUCAUUUCCAACUGCAAUUUAGGUGGUUUUUUCCCCAUGAUGUGAAAAAAAAUUAUCUUCUAUUAACUUAUUUUCAGUUUUGUGUUGGUGUUUUGGGCACCAAUUUUUUUCUUAGCUCUGAAAUGAGUUUUUUUGUUUGUUUGUUUGUUUGUUUUUUUGUGGUACGCGGACCUCUCACUGCUGUGGCCUCUCCCGUUGCGGAGCACAGGCUCCGGACGCACAGGCUCAGCGGCCAUGGCUCACGGGCCCAGCCGCUCCGCAGCAUGUGGGAUCUUCCUGGACCGGGGCAUGAACCUGUGUCCCCUGCAUCGGCAGGCGGACUCUCAACCACUGUGCCACCAGGGAAGCCCCUGAAAUGAGUUUUUUUUUAAAUCUCGUUCUGUUUUUAAUCUGUUUUUAUUAGAAACCAAGUUUUUGUUAAAUUCUGUGAAUUCAGGAAGUCCAAAUGGAGACGCUGUACCUUGUGGAUUUUGUUUGUUUGUUUGCUUUUCUUCAAGAAACUGCCAACUUUGUUUUUGUAUCUCAUUUUUUUCAUGUUUUCUUUUUAUUCAUUUUCUUAAAUUUUAUUGAAGUAUAGUUGAUUUACACCUUGUGUUAUAUUUUUUCCCAGAAUAGAAUAUUUUUCUGUAUUUGUACAUAUAUUCUUUUGUGGUGGUUGUUUUCUAAUUGCAGCAUGUUUGGAUAGAUACCACGUCUUUGUUUUUUCCCCUCUUGUUCAUGCUUUGUAGACACAGCCUUUCCCAGACCUUGGCCUAGACUAUCUAUCUUUGGUGAAUUCUCCUGACUCCCUUCCCUCCUUAUCUGAGCAUUGUUUGUUUUCCUGGAGCUGCAAUUCGUGGCCUGAGUAUUGCUUUUUCUCAGCUUUUCUAUAACCUAACAGGAAAGGGAGGGGGCUCAGGCUGUGUGGCCUUGCUUGAUGAGUAGGCUGUGCCGUCCUGUGAUUUUUACCAAAUGUCCUAGACCUUGGUGGGGUCGGGUGUGGGGGUGGGUAACACUCUUCCUAGAAGGUUUCCUGUCCAGCCUUCGGAGAGUCCCUCUGAUUAGCAAUGGACCUCGGAGCCCUGGCUGCCCUCUGGGAGGGUCAGGCUGGAGUGUUCCUCUCUACCUAAUAACCAUGUUUCCCCCGCCCCUGUAGGAGGAGGAAAGGCCAUGCCAAAUGCUGCUUUUGGCCAGGGCAGGGCUAGGCAUGGGCAGUGAAGCACUCGCUACAGGCACGUGAUGUAAGGGGCAUCACAAAACUCAGUAAAGAGAAAUAAUAUUUAAUUGUGUAUUUAAAAAAUCAAGUUAAUGUUAAAAAAAGAAACUGAUGAUGAAAACAUGAAAAUCUUAAAGACAGGAGCAGUCAGAGCAAAGAUGAGGGUGAGACAGUGAGGCUAUGCAGGUAUGGGGUCGAAUCUAAGGUCUUAAACCAGUGGUCUUUAAGUAGUAUUUCUUCAUGGUUUCUUUUUGGGGUUUUUUUUGCGGUACGCGGGCCUCUCACUGUUGUGGCCUCUCCCGUUGCGGAGCACAGGCUCUGGACGCGCAGGCUCAGCGGCCAUGGCUCACGGGCCCAGCCGCUCCACGGCAUGUGGGAUCUUCCCGGACCGGGGCACGAACCCGUGUCCCCUGCAUCGGCAGGCGGACUCUCCACCACUGCGCCACCAGGGAAGCCCUCUUCAUGUUUUAAGAGUUAAUAUUCCCUGACUUACCAGGUUUGUACUUUCAGAAUAAGACUUGAAAGCCUUAUUGUACAGAUGUUACAAGAUCUCCAUGAAAGAAAGAAAUUCACCCACCUACACAGCCUCCCAGCUAUUCAAGCCUUGUUCAUUUGACCAAGCUUCCUUUCAGGUUAUUAUCUCUGAACUUUGUAAUCACAUAGUUGUCAUCAUAGCAGAAACAGAAUUUUAUUUUUGGCUUUUUCCACUUAGCCUUGUGUCAUAAUGACGUUUCCCUGUUGCUAUAUGGGCUUCACAUUUAACAUUUCACUGGCUGUGUAACAGUCCCAUCCUUUUCCUGCAGAGAAAGUUGGGCCAGACUGCAGUGUCAGACGUGGCUCUGCUACUUACAAGGGCAUGAGUCUAAUCUGUGUCUCAUCCGCAUCCCCUUCCAGAAGUGUCUGCGUCAUCCCAAGGCUUCCCUGUUCGCAGGAGUGACCCUACUCCCCUAUCCCACCCACCUUGGAUGGUCACAGUCACUUGGACCAGAGGUGCAGACCUCACCCUGGGCACACACCUGGUUGGCAAAUCAGAUCCUCUCGGCCAGAGAUUGAAUGAUUUGGUAGCUGAGUCAUCAACAGUGGGACAACUAGAGUGAAGGUUUCAGAGCUUCUGUUGGUGAAAUUUCUGGACUUGCCCUGAGUUUCUGACCUCCUGGGUCUUGAUGAUUCUGCUUGUUCCUGGAUUCUGGGAGCUCUAGAUCCUUAUGAGCUUUUCACUAGAGCUGCUUUGAAGAAGUUUCUGCAACUGGUCUGAUCUCCCCACUCUAACUUUUUUUAUUCUCUGUUUUUAUCUGUCUAAACAGGGUAUGAAACAAAGCAAAGAUGUCAGGACCCUCGUUCUGUGCUGUAUCGCCACUCUCUUGACCUCUUCCUAUAUUGUUGAAUAUUUGGGUUCUUUUUAGUGACCCACAAUUGUCAAUUUCAUUGAAAUUAGUUUCUCUUCUGCCUUAAGAUGACUCCUUUAGUAUUGUUUUCAAGAUUACUGGAACAAAGGACGCGUUUUUAUUAUACGUUGUCAUUUUACUUCCAAAAGGAUUAUAUCAGUUUGCGCGGUCACCAGCAGUAUAUGAGCAGACCCAUCCAUUCUGCCAAAAACUCACUAGAAUUGGGCAUUAUUUUUAAUUCAUUAAUGUAUUUAUUCAUUCAGAAGUAUUUAUUGAUCACCUACAUGCCAGGCAUAGUUUGAGGUAUAAAAUGUUAAUUUAUUUUAAUUUGCAUGCUUCUCAGUCUCUUGGUGGACUGUGUUAAAGAAAAAUUUUGUACUAGACACUUGUUAAAAUUGGCAAGGAAGAUUUUAUUUACCGCUGUUGCAAAAGGGGAAAGAGAUUGAAUUCAACUCUGAAUGCAGUUAGUCAAAGAGCAGAGUGAGAGGGUCCGUGGAUGGAAAAUUAGAUUAGCUGUCAAGGGUAGGGGGAUGCUUGCUAACCUGGCCUCACUGGAUUCUUACCAGACUGGCCCGAGGCUGAGUUUUCAAGGCGCGGGAGGAUUAACCUGACCUGGGAGGAUUCUUCGCUAAACAGGGCUCAGCAGGCCAAGGUUGAGGCCUAGUUGAGAUGAGGCUUCAGAGGAACCUGACUCAAGUUUGCUCAAGGAGGGCAUCUUUGCCCACUCCAAUCUUUUUUUUCAUCUCCAAUUUUUGUAAUGUGUGUGCUCCUUAUUGAACAUAAAAAUUAACCCUUUGACUGAAAGCUGAUGAAAAAAAUGUUUUCCUGUGAUGCUGCUGCGAGGUACCUUGUUGACCAGGCUGGGUGAGGCCAGGGCUUGAAGCGGAGGGGCCUUUACAGUAGCCAAAGCUUGGGCUCUUCACUUGGGGGUCCUUGAGGGUGCACGUCUGGGAGGAAAGUCCCAAAGAACAGGCCUGGCUGAACUCAUCUGGGGAGCAGAGGAGGAAGAUGUGGAUGGUAAUGACUACAACAAACACGUUUUGGACUUGAGAGCUUCCACCAGCCUCCCAUUAUUAUCCACCUUGUGUGAACCUCGAGGUGUGGAGGUGUGGGCGGUUCCUGUUCACAGGUGAAACGGGAGGGGGAGGGGGUUCGCCUCUGAUCACAGAACCAGCCAGUGCUCUGCCUGUUUCAUAAAACCCCUAUCAGGAGAAGUAGAAAUUAGAAAUGUUCAUUCUUUCCACCUCACCGUCCAGAGAACCAAGGCACAGCUGGGAAAGUGAUUUGGCCAGAACCCUCUAGAGCAGGGGUCCCCCUGAAGAGACCAUUAGCAUCUUCCUGUGAAAGAAAAUCAAGUCAAAAAUUAAGGGACACCAUCGACAUGUCCAUUGACAAAGGAAUGCAUAAAGAAGAUGUGGUACAUAUAUACAAUGGAAUAUUACUCAGCCAUAAAAAAGAAUGAAAUAAUGCCAUUUGCAGCAACAUGGAUGGACCUAGAGACUGUCAUAUUGAGUGAAGUAAGUCAGACAGAGGAAGAGAAAUAUCAUGAUAUCCCCUAUAUGCGGAAUCUAAAACGAUACAAAUGAACUUAUUUACAGAACAGAAACAGACAUACAGACUUAGAGAAUGAACUAAUGGUUACCAGGGGGGAAGGGGGGAAGGAAGGGAUAGUUAGGGAGUUUGGGAUUGACAUGUACACACUGCUAUAUUUUAAACGGAUAACCAACGAGGACCUACUGUAUAUAGCACAGGGAACUCAGCUCAGUGUUAUGUGGCGGCCUGGAUGGAAGGGGAGUCUGGGGGAGAAUGGAUACAUGUAUAUGUAUGGCUGUGCACCUGAAACUAUCACAAAAUUAUUAAUCAGCUAUACGCCAAUAUAAAAUGAAAAGAAAAACAAAGAAACCAAAAUAAAUAUAGAAAUUUUCAUUUAUUCAUUAAUUUAAAAAAAGUUAAGGGAUAUGCCCACUAGGGGGCAGCAGAGACCGGCAUGCUUCGCGGCAUCCACAUUGCUUGAAGCUCUGACUUUGCCACCCACCCUUCGGGCAGAAUUCUUCAGCUAUUAUUUUAAUGAACAGAUCACUCAAUCUGUGCUUGCCAAAUAUUUGUGAACAUCUGCAUAUGCCUCUCUCUCUGGAUUUCUGUUUGAAACCUAAAAGAUUAUCUGCUCCGUGUGUCCUGUUCUACGUAAAUUAAUUUACGUCAUCCUCCUAGCAACCCUGUGCAGUCGAUACUAUAGCAUCAUCCCCAUUUUACACACAGGGAAACUGAAGCACAGAGAAGUUAAGUAUUUCUUCCGCGGUCGCACCACUAGGAAGUGUCAAAGCCAGCAUUUGAACUCAGGUCGUGGGGCUCUGCCUGGGAAGACGGCUGCUCCUGUCCACCUGGCCUCAUUGCACACCCGCUCGCCACGUAUGUACCUACUGAACACCUACAAGAUCCAGGAAUUGAGCCGGUGAUGGGGGUGAAGGCGAACAAGGCAGUAAAGCCCCUGCCCUCCUGGUGUUUACACAUGGCAUUAAAAGAUGCUCGAUGUCCCUUUCCGUUCAUUGCGCGUCCACUGUGUGCAGGCUCUUGACAUACUUUAUUUCAUUUACUCUCCGUAGCCCUGCAAGGUUGCAGUUUGCUAGCUGUUAGUGUGAGGCCCGUUAGAGCACAGCUUUGGAGUUGCACUGCCAGGUCCUGCAUUUUAGGAGCUGGAUCAUCUUGGGCACAUCAUCUAAGCUUGCUUAAGGCUAUGGGCACUAAUAAAAGUUCCUGCCUCAUAGACGUGUUGUGAGGAUUAAAUGCGUGAAUCCACAUGAAGUGCUUAACACAGCAUUCUAUAUGUGUUAACUGUUAUUGUAUUUUUCUUUUUUAUAAGUUUAUUCAUUUUAUCUCCUUAUAUUUUUGGCUGUGUUGGGUCUUUGUUGCUGCACCUGGGCUUUCUCUAGCUGUGGCGAGCAGGGUGCAUGGACUUCUCAUUGUGGUGGCCUCUCUUGUUGCGGAGCACGGGCUCAGUAGUUGUGGCGCACGGGCUUAGUUGCUCCGUGGCAUGUGGGAUCUUCCUGGACCAGGGCUCAAACCCGUGUCCCCUGCAUUGGCAGGCGGAUUCUUAACUGCUGUGCCACCAGGGAAGCCCUUGUUUGUUUUUUUAGAUGAUUAAACAGAGACUCGUAGGGUUAAGCCUCUGGCCCAAGGUCACUGCUAGCAAGGAAGGAAUGGCAUCCUUCCCCUCUGGAGGCAGUGCUCUGUUCACUGGAGCACCACAGCCUAAGGAGGGGGUUGGGAUAGAAGUCUGCAUGGGCUGCAGAGAUUGUUCCGGAAGAAUGGCCAUCUGCCCAGUGCAGCGUAUGCAAGAGCAGAGUGGGUCUGCUUCUGUUCAGGCGGGAACAUCCACUGCUUCCACCUCCUUGGCACUGCACUCCCAGAUGCUUGCAUUGUUGAGGACCUUCACACUUAGGUCACGUGGCGUCACCCUGAAAAUGACUAGGGGCAGAGCUGCCCUAGUCCAGGAUGGACUGCAGGCUGACUGUGCUGUUUGGUAGGACAAGGAAAUUUCCGGGGGGCAGAUUUCAGGUCUCAUCCAAGUGUCAUAAGCCAGAAACUCCGGGGCCCUCUCCACUCGGCCCAGCAUCUGGGGAAAUCUGAGCUGGCAGCUGGGGCCACGUGGUAAACUCUCCCUAGAUCUUGUUGAAUUGAUUGAAGCCUAUCAAUGAGCCAUCACUCAAGUUCUGUCAAACCCUGGACCUGAGCAGCCCCCCUUGCGGGAUUUUUAGAUCUUAGUGCACAGUGCCCUAGCACACUCAGAGCAAUUUUUUUUUUUUCCUCCAGAGAAGUUUGCCGAAGUUGCCAGGGUGAAGUUUCUGAGCCCACAAAUCUGAGGCCUGGAGUUGGGGCCGCAAGGAGGGCUGCCCUCCUGGAAUGUCAGGAAUUCCAGGGACAUCUGGCCUGCUUUGCAUCUGCUGGGCCCGCCAACCGGCAUUCUUCCUUGUGGGGAGUGAGGCUUCAGUGAUGGGCCUGGAAACACGGAGGCCCCUUUGAUCCCAGCCUCCUGUUGCAGCCCACGUUGGAUGACCUUGAGUGCCAAUUUGAUGUCCCUGGGCCUCACCACUUCUAUAAACAGGGGUGACAAGUUCUGCCAGGCCUGGAAUCCACAUACAAAGGUCUGGAAGAAACUGAACUAGAGGAAUUCAUUCCAGCACCAAGGAGGUCCCUGAACCCCUAGUAGAGAAGCUUCUUUCCAAAUGCCCUAAGAUCUUUGCUCCUCCUUUAAAUUCUCUUGGGCAAAGAUGGUGUUUUCUGCCUUUGGGCUCCUACUUCUAAUUUUAUUUAUUUAUUUACUUGUUUGUUUAUUUUUUGCGGCCUCUCCCGUUGCGGAGCACAGGCUCCGGACGCGCAGGCUCAGCGGCCAUGGCUCGCGGGCCUAGCUGCUCCGUGGCAUGUGGGAUCUUCCCAGAACGGGGCACGAACCUAUGUCCCCUGCAUCGGCAGGCGGACUGUCAACCACUGUGCCACCAGGGAAGCCCCUACUUCUAAUUUUAAAUCAAUGUAUGCCCCGGGCUAGAAUGGAUCACCUCUACUGUACCUCAGAUGCACCAGACAACUCUCACCAAAGGAAUUUAACCAAGGGAAGCGGCCACCGAGGAGGCCUUUGCUAUCGCAAACUAGUUCCUUGGGCUUUUGAGAGGCAAGAUCAGGAAGGAGGGAGAUGGGGAGGGAGGAGGAGGUGCGAAGGCUGGGGGACCAGCCUGGAGACUGUGGCACUGGCACCAUCAGAAGGAACGCGAGUGUGGGCUUGGUGGAGGUAGCAGGGCUUGGAGGGGUGUGUGUGUGUGUGUGUGUGUGUGUCUGUCUGUGUGUCUGAGAACAUCUCUCACGUGCAGAAUGCCAGGCCAAUUGAGCUCCAAGGUCUUUGAGCCUGUAAUAUUCUGUGACUUACAGAACCCACAAUGAUUUUGCAACUGACUUUGCAAAUGCACAGUUUGUUAUUACAAGCUCUUUGUCAGUAUUAUUUCAGUGAGGUGUAAUAGUUCAUCAAAUGAGACCGUAAUUUAUUUAGUCACUCCCGUGGAGUCAAACGUUUAGGUGCUUUGAACGUGUCAAAUGAUUAUAAAUAAUGCCAUAAAGAACAUCUUUAUACCUAAGCUUUGUUUCCUUAGGCUGCAUUCCCAGAUAAAUAAUUACUAGGUCAAUGAAAAGGACUAUUUUUAAGGCUCUUGAUCCGUAAUGCUAAGUACUUUCUAAAUAGUUAUUUCCAACUUUCAGAAGUUUUUUAUUGAGGAAGUAUUUUAAAUGUACACACAAACAUGCAACUAGAGUGAGUGGUAUAAUGAAUUCCGUUCCUUAUCACCCAGCAUUCAUAAUUAUCAACAUUUCAACAGUCAUUUUUAAUCUUCAUUUUGGGAAAGGGACUGUAUCUCGAUGUAGCCAGUCUGAUUGCUGACUAUUUAGAUUGUUUCAAAGUUUUCAUUAUCAUAUAAAAUGCUGCAGUGAAUAUCCUUGUCACAAAUGCUGUGCACUACUGUAAGCUCUUUCUUUUUUAAAAAAAAUCAAUCAAUUAAUUAAUUUUAUUGGUUGAUUUUUGGCUGCGUUGGGUCUUCAUUGCUGUGCGCGGGCUUUCUCUAGUUGCGGCAAGAGGGGGCUAUUGUUUGUUGCAGUGCAGGGGCUUCUCAUUGCUGUGGCUUCUCUUGUUGCAGAGCAUGGGUUCUAGGCGCAUGGGUUCAAUAGUUGUGGCUUGUGGGCUCAGUAGUUGUGGUGCAUGGGCUUAGUUGCUCCGUGGUAUGUGGGAUCUUCCUGAACCAGGGAUUGAACCCGUGUCCCCUGCGUUGGCAGGUGGAUUCUUAACGACUGUGCCACCUGGAAGUCCCAGCUCUUUCUUGAGAUAAAUUCUUGGGCAGAAUUUUGGAGCCAAAGUCUGCACAUAUUUUCAGUUCACUUUUACAUAAUACAGAAUUGCUUUAUGGAAAAGAUGCCAAAUUAUUUUUCUGUCCUCAUCUAAGAAUGUCUGUUUCUUCUUGCCUUGUAGCAUUCUUUGCAAUAUUUUCAGUUUGGUAGGUGAUUAAUAGUAUCUCCCUGUUUUUUCAGUUUGCAUCUUAUAAUUACCAAUGAGGCUGAAUUUCUUUUUUUCUAACUAGAGACUCUUUUCUUUUAUUUUUUUAUUUCCCCCCCACCUCAGACUAAAGUUUCUUCCUUUCUUUUUCUUUCUUUCUUUCUUUCUUUCUUCCUUUCUUUCUUUCUUUCUUUCUUCCUUCCUUCCUUCCUUCCUUCCUUCCUUCCUUCCUUCCUUUCUUUCUUUCUUUCUUUCUUGUUGCUUUACACUGCUGUGAGACUGAAUUUUUAAAUACAUAUAUUUAUUUCCAAUUUAUAUACUUUUUCUAUGAAUUGACACCUUCCUGUUUUCUUUUGGUGUUCCCCACCCUCCCUUUACUGCUUUGUAAGAGUGUCUCAUAUAUAAAAUAUCGGCGGAGUCCCAGUAGAAAGCAGAUGGCAUCGUACCAAUCCUUUAAUGAAGGGACCAUUUGCAAAUUAUGUGAAUAAAGUUCAGGGACCCCCAACAAGAAGCGUAAUCCUGCCAUAAUCCUGGCCUUGCAAACGUGUGUUACCAACCAGGGUUCUUGGCCUUCCCCAAACAGUAGAAAUUGAUCAGAGGCCAGACAAAAAACUCAGGCUUUAUUGGGGCCCUGCUGCGGCUGGGGAGUGAGAACAAACAGCAGGUUCCCUUGAUUGCUCGCUCCCCGAGAGGGGGCAAGCUUUUUCCUUAUAUGGGGUGAGGGUAGGGGUGUGUCCAGGGGUUGGGCCAGGGGGGUGGCUUAGGUGUUUCGCCCACCCCUUAGGUGGUGGUGUGUUCAGGGCGCAUGCACAGCCCCCUGCUUUUGCUCCCGACCUCCUGCUUUUGCUCCAGGCUCUUCAAAAGUGGCAGUUGGGUUUUUUGGUCUUUUUAAACUCAUUUCCUCAAUUUAUUUAUUUACAAUUUUAAAUUUUAAUAAUUUUAUGUCAUCCUAUGAACGAAUCUUGGUGAUUUCGCCUUUGGGAUUUUGCUUAGGAGAGGUUCUCCAUACCCAACAUUGUGGUAUUAUUCAACCUGGUGUAGUGUUUCCCCUCUAGAGUCGGAAGGGGAAAAAAAGAUCUGUUUAAGAGCUAUAAACAAGCAAAACUCUGUUUGAGCAGCUUCCUUCUUCUAAGGGAGUCGACAUGAUACUUUCCAGGGGAGUAUAAACCUUCUACUCUUCCCUUCCACUCCUUGUAAUUGUUUUGUUGAAGGAGAUGAUUUUGAAGGAUACAAACUAGCAGAGCUGUAUUUUUUCUCAGCGCCGCCUUCAACUCCUGCACUGAAGCCAGCAGGCACCAGCUUGCAGAACCAGUGGUUAAAUAGGAAUCUUGGGAUCUGGCUAUGAAACCACUGUAGCUGGAAAUUGGCCGACGAGGGUAUUUACACCAUGGACAUCAGCAAAGGCUAAAAACCAGGGCUCUCUCUUCCUGCCCCUAAAGCGAGUUUACCUGCUCUCCACCUGCUUGGGCCCUGUCUGAGCCCCUGCAGGGGAGAUGGGGGUGGAGAAGUGGGGCUAUUCUUUUUCUCUGCUUCCGCCUUGCUUCCCACUCCACUUCUCCCAUCAUUCCCCAUUCCUGCUGGCUCCUACCGGUUUGGGGCACGGGGGGGGGCGGAUUAGAGGAAAGGGGUAAAAAGUCUUCAGUACUUUGUGCUAUUGCAAACUGUCCUUAAGUGCUCUCUGUUAUGGCAGGUGUUAUGGCUCUUUGGCACGGGAUGUCUUCUGGUUUCUUCCCAAAUGCUCCCUUACCCACUUGGAUCUGAGCAAUACAUUUCCCAGCUGAAUACGGGUGGCGCCUCUUCCUUUUUCAGCUCCUGCCUUUGGAGAUGCCCCAUAGCCUCUUUCUGCCAGGUAUCCGUUCACCUGAGCAGACAGCUGUUUGGGGCAGGGUCCCUUCAAGCUAGCUUACUUGCGCUGAGCUCCACAUGUGCUCUUUAAAAAAAAAAAAAAAUUUUUUUUUAAUUCAUUUUUUGGCUGCACGGCUUGUGGGAUCUUAGUUCCCCAACCAGGGAUCGAACCCACACCCCCUGCCGUGGAAGCUCGGAGUCUUAACCACUGGACCGCCGGGGAAGUCCCUCCAUGAUGUGCUCUUGAUGCAUGGAAACCUCAUGCAUCCUUACCCAGCCAGCGGGUGCAGGGGCAUUUACCCAGCGGCUGUUCUCCUGGGAACCUUGGGCAGCUCCAGCCUGCAUCCACCUUCUGUCACCCCAGGACGAGGGCAGAGGCACCUUCAGCCUCUACUCUCCCAAAUGACAGGGAAGUAAGACACCAGAGAAUUCUCAUCCCCAGCUCCGGCAGUGGUCGGGUGGCCUGUGAGUCUGGGGGCUCAGUAAGCACUGAGAAGUAAACUGUCAGUCUCUCCAGAUACUCCCGGUCUCCCCACGAGGGGUUCUGUCGGCCCCCCUCACUUGCUUAGGGACGAGCCCGUAAGAGAGGGGAACCCCCAGAGCAUACUCCACUCCUCUGAAUUUCCUACCUUCCUCUCUUUUCUUUUCUUUUUUUAAAGUAUGGUUGGUUUACAAUAUUGUGCUUGUUUCAGGUGUCCAGCUAAGUGAUUUGUUUAUACAUAUAUAUAUAUCUAUAUUCUUUUUCAAUUCUUUCCCAUUAUAGUUUGUUACAAGAUAUUGAAUACAGUUCCCUGUGCUAUACAGUAAGCCCUUGUUGUUUAUGUUAUAUAUAGUACUGUGCCUCUGUUAAUCCCACACUCCCAAUUUAUCCCUCUGCCGCUUCCCCUUUGGUAACCAUAAAUUUGUUUUCUAUGUCUAUGAGUCUGAUUCUGUUUUGUAAAUAAGUUCGUUUGUGCUAUUUUUUUAGAUUCCACAUGUAAGUGAUAGCAUAUGCUAUUUGUCUUUCUCUUUCUGACUUACUUCACUCAGUAUGAUAAUCUCUAAGUCCAUCCAUGUUGCUGCAAGUGGCAUUUCUUCAUUCAUUUUUAUGGCUAAUAUUCCAUUGUAUAUAUGUACUACAUCUUCUUAAUCCAUUCCUCUGUCAAUGGACACUUAGGUUGCUUCCAUAUUUUUAUGGCUGUCUCCAUGCAGACAGGGGCUAGGUGUGCUCACCUUGUCACGUAACAGCCUGGCAGUGACUCCCCUGGGCGUCUGGUGACUGUUGAAGAGACAAGUGUGGGAGGGGCCCCCAAGUCCAUCCUCUCUCUCCCCUCUGGGCUAUCUCUUGCUCCGUGUGCUGAGCUGGCUACAGUCUCCUGUUGCUCAACCAGCACUUCCUUUGAGCCUGGUCUCCCAAUCCUCCCAAAUGCCUUUUUGACUUCGCCGACUGAACCAGCGGGCUGUGCACUCACUCAAGCAGCGAAACUGCUGGCGGAGGCGUCACGAGGGACCCCCUCCCAUAGUCAAAUCCAGGGGUCCCUAAAACCUGCCCAAUGUCUGGCCAACCCAUCUUCCCUCUCAGGAUUGCUCUCUGGUUUAUGCCCGGCCGUCCUCAAGUCCACACCUCUGGUUACUUUCCCUGCCCACAGGCUGUGCCUCUUAUGAAAAGGCCCCAUCCCUCGUCUGACCCUGUCUCCCAAGCUGACUCCAGUCCCACCUCUGCUCCCUGACCCCUGACCACUCCAGCUGAUAACUCCUCCCUGCAGUCGGAGCUCUGCCACACCACUCGCUGGGCGUGAGGACUACAGGGUCCCCACGGCGCUCCUUUAUGCUCCUCUGUGCUGCGCCGGCACAGAGCAAGUGCCCAACAAUAGCUGUUGAAUGAGUGUACAAAUGUGCUCUCUCCCUCCAGGCGAAGUUUCUGGAGGGCAGGGCCCGUGUGCCUUCCACUGCACACUGACCUAGGAUGCUCAGGCUGCUCUGUCAGGUGGACAGCUGGCCCUCCAUAUCCGCAGGUUCUGUGUUCGCAGAUUCAACCAGCCGCGGAUGGAAAACACUACACAGUCAGAGGCUGGUUGAAUUCCCGGAUGCAGAACCCACAGAAACAGAGGGCAGACUGUAAGGGAUUUGAGUAUCCUCGGAUUUUGGUAUCCAUGGAGGUCUUGGAGCCAAUCCCCUGCGGUUACCGAGAGACGACUGCAUUUGUUUAUUGACAAUUUGAUAGCACCAAUCUGGUGCCAGCCGCUUUAAGUGGACUGAACACACACACACACACACACACACACACACACACACACACACACACACACAUUAGGAGCAUAGAUUUUUUUAAAAGUCCAGUGUAUGAGCCCCAGAAGCUUCCUGGAAAUCAUUAAGAGAAGAACUUGCUUUGUUGAUGGAAAUAUUUUAUAUCUUUCCUGUCCCGUAUGGUAGCCACUAGACAUGUGGACUAUUGAGCGCUUCAAAUGUGGCUAGUGCAGCCAAGGAACUGAAUUUUUAUUUGUAUUUCAUUUUACUUAAUUUCAGUGUAGGUGACCUCAUGUGGCCAGUGGCUGCCUUGCUGGAGAGCACAGCUCUAAGACCCUCCCAUUUCACCCCGUUCUAAGCUUCUCACUUUCUCCUCUCCAGGCCCCCCGAGCCCCUCUCACCUCUGCCCAGGUGCUUCUGCCCCUGUUGUCUGGCAGCUUGAUUUGGACCUAUUUCUCCACCUCAGUCUCCACAUUCUUCUCAGAUACCGUGUUUGGCCUCUGACCAAACUGUGCCCAUGAGGAAGAAACAGUCUGGCUUCGAGUCCAGACUGCUGACCCCUGGCUUCCCCUCGGAGAGGGUGCUGCCCUGACAGCUUACUGAUGGCUUAGGAGUAAGAAGGACGUAGUCCAUCCUGGAUGCGGCCGGCCACAUGAACGACAUCUUCACUCUCCUAGGACCAUCUCCACCUGCUCUCGUGGGCGCCCCCUUAGGGCAGGACAAGGUAGGACUCUGACACAUGAAUAGUUCUUGGAAGUGAGAGGCAGAUGCAAAGGGAGAUUUCCUAAGUCUUAUUUUCUGUAGCUCUCUGGCUUAAAAUGAGGCCCACUUUAAUGGAAAACAAAACACGCAGACAGGUGGAUGAUAUCCUUUGUAUGUUUACUAUGGUACAGCAAGAUCUUCCAAACCAGAGCCGAUACCCUCUGCUGCAAGCAGAAGGCCCUGGGUACACCCCUUUCAAGUGGUCCAAAGGACAUCCCCAAACAUGACAUUUAAGACAAUUCUUCAUUUCUCUGACAAUGACUUCUCGAAGUGCACACAGAAUAAAUAAAUAGAAAAUAUAUCUUUGUUCAUGGUGACGCCUACAAGAAAUGUUUACAGACAAAACACACUAUACAUCUAAUUCCCGAAAAAGGACCAGCUAUUUCGGCAACAGGAAAAAGACAAGCGUUUCAGAGGAGUGUUUUUUUUUUGUUUUUUUGUUUUUUU